ACUUUUGCGCAUAGCAUCAUGGGAAAAAGAGAAAUUUCGGCCAAGUGAGAUAUUUUGGAGAAAUCCCAAAAGUUUUUCUAAAAUCUUACUUUUAAAAUGAGCGCAGGUCUGCCAAGAAGAAUUAUUAAGGAAACUCAAAGACUUAUUGCCGAACCAGUUCCUGGCAUUAAAGCGACUCCUCACGAAGAGAAUGCAAGAUAUUUUGAUGUUUUAGUAGAUGGUCCUAAAGAGUCUCCUUUUGAAAAUGGUUGUUUUAAGCUUGAACUGUUUCUUCCUGAGGAAUACCCCAUGUCUCCACCAAAGGUCCGCUUUAACACAAAGAUUUACCAUCCAAACAUUGACAAACUUGGUCGCAUAUGCCUAGACAUUUUAAAAGAUAAAUGGAGUCCGGCUUUACAGAUUCGCACGGUAUUGCUUUCAAUACAGGCUUUAUUGAGUGCUCCUAACCCAGAUGAUCCUUUAGCCAAUGAUGUUGCCGAACUGUGGAAAUCAAAUGAAGUCAAGGCAAUCGAGACUGCCAGACAAUGGACUAUGAUGUAUGCUGUUAAUAAAAGUUGAUGCUUUUGAAGAAUGGUCGAUGCCUAGAUAAUUUCUCCUUCACUCUAUACUCUGUCUCUGAGACAUUUCAAAUUUUUCAUUAAAUGGUGAUAUUUAAACUUAUAAUAUUAUGGAGCAAAUUUUGCUUACUGCUUCACAAAAUCAUUGAAAAAUGUAGAGUUGAGUGUAAGGGUUGUAGAUUAAAAAUUAUUAACUAGGUUUGGUAAAAUAGUCAUUUUGUUGAAGUAAAAUGAAAUAAUGGAAAACAUUUUUUUUUGUAACAUAGCAACUUGUCAUGACUUUUAUGGGAUGUUUUUAUGAAAAUAUAUGUACAAGAUAAUUUGCAAACAAAA